AACAGCUGGAGGUGGUCGAUGUCGAACACAGAUUUCUACAAAAACAGUGAGGCUGAGUUUAGAAAUUGGGCGCCUGGACAACCAGACAAUUGGAACAGCAAAGAACACUGCACUUUUUUACGUGACACUGGAUUUUGGGAUGAUGCAAGUUGUGACAGUGUCCUUCGCACACUCUGCUCUGAUGUCAGAGGACUGAAUAUGACAUUUGUCUUCAUCAACAAUUCCAUGACAUGGAUGGAGGCCCAGAGCUACUGCAGAGCUAAUUAUACAGACCUGGCCAGUGUGACAAACAUGUCAGAGAACCAGAAGGCAAAGGAGUUGGUACCUGCAGGACAAAAGGUCUGGAUCGGCCUUUUCAGAGACUCCUGGAAGUGGACGGAUGGAAGUAACUCCUCAUUUAGACACUGGAAUACAAAUGAACCCAAUGGUGCCAGUAAGGAAACUUGUACGGCAGCAAACUUUGGAUCAGCUGGACGAUGGGAGGACUGGAACUGUGACCGGAUGACAGCAUUUGUUUGCUACAGUGAUCCUGCUUACAAGCAAGUGGUGAGACUGAGAAUGGAGAAAAACAACAAUCAGGAUCUGAAUGACCCUGCAGUGAUGGCAGCCAUGCUGGAACAGCAGAUGUUGCUGGUGAUUAAUUUUUUUUCACACAACACCAGAACGACUGCCGAUGUCCGUAAGCUUCGGUUGACUUCUAGCUCGCCCUACAAAAGAGGAGCAAGAAUAAAGGGAGCUUCUAAGUUAUUUAAAGGCUGCAUGAAAAUCCUCUGCAGCUUAGUGCAGAACAAACAGUUCAAACAGAAGCUGAAGAAUAACGGCGUAAAAGGAGACAUCAAACUGAGCUGGAGGAAGCAGUCAGACGGGGAGGUCUUCCACAGCGAUGAAAAGGAAACAAAGAAGAACACAGCCUGUAAAAAUUAGUUUUGCAGGUUGUGUUCAUGUAUUGUUUGGUGUGGGUGGUUCUUUUGUUUUUGUUUUUUUUGUAGAGCACAAUAUAGUAAUAAACGUGUUUGUGUUCUAGUUUUACUGUUAUUCUGCAUUUAGGAGUUUGAUUUUCUCGUGUAUUUCUGGAUUCAUCUUUUGAUAUCUUUAUUCUGGUAGACUGUAGUAGUAAAGUUUACAGUAGUAAACUUUGAUUAUUAGGACAUCACUCAGACUUUUAGUUUUAUUUUCAUGUUAUGGUUAUUGAUGAGUUUAGUUCCUGUGUUCUGGUUUAUGUCUGUUAGUAGGAGUUCUUAGUUUCUUUCAUGUAUCUGUGACUGUUCCUCUUGUGUCUGUGUAAAUAUCUCAGCACUUCGGUGUUCUCUACUCAGGCAUCUUAUCGAGGCCACGUCCACACUAAUACGUUUUCAUUUGAAAACGUAUCUUUUUCUCUCCGUUUUGGCCUUCCGUCCACACUGACACGCGUUUUUGGACUAGGAAAACGGAGCUUUUUGAAAACGCUCUCCAAAGUGGAUACAUUUGAAAACUGCGUUUUUGCGUCGCAGUGUGAAAAGCGAAAACGGAGGCUUUCGGAAAUGAAGACGCAACUUUGUACUUUUGUGUUACUCACAGCAAUAACUCCACCUAAUUAUCAGUCCAUUUUUUAAAAAGUGCUUUUCCUUGACAUUUUACUGCGAUGUUUCAAAGUCGUGGCAAAAUAAACAUCGGACUGAAAUGACGCAGGUCAAAUCGUCUUACGUUUCACACAUGCGCAGUACAGGAAGGUAGCGUUUUCAGUCGUUUCCGUGUGGUUGAACAGCUGUUCGGAAACGACUGAAAACGAUAGAGUGGACGCGUUUUCAGACAAAAAUGCCGUUUUCAAAUGUAUCCAGAUGAGUGAGGAUGUAGCCUAAGUGUUAGUAUUCAGUCUGUGUUACUUCUCUUGUUUAUUUCCUGUUUACAAUUGAUUUUUUUUUUCAUGUUUCAUGUUAGUUUUACUUCCUGCUGUUUGGUUAGUCUGACUGUAUUCAAAAUCAGCUUUACUGUCAAAAACCAUGCGUACAGGUCAUACACAGGAAUUUGAAACUGCAAAGCUUCCACAGCCCUCAGUGUACACUAAAACAAUAUAGAGAUAAAAAUAAA